ACUAAAAAAAAAACCAACACUGCCUCUCCUCCCUGUCAGCCAACGUUCAUCUCUCACCCUUCAAACCAUCUCCCUGCUCCCCCCCUCUCUUCGACGCAGCCACCAGCGAUCCGAGCAGUCGAGUUCGAGGAAGAGAAAGAGAGUCACUGACGAUUCGCGAGGAAGAGGAACCGAGUCAGUAGUCACCGAGCAGGCGAGCCGCGAGCAAUCGAGGCGUCGAUCACCGAGGAAGAGGAGGAGACACCGUUUUCAUCAUUUAAAUUCUACCGAGCACCGUUGAAGCCCGAUUCAGCAGUCGAGCACCGUCGAGCAGAGCACCGAGGAAGAGGAGGAGCCGAGCAUCGAGGAUUGAGGAAGCCCGAUUCAGCAAGACAACAACCGUGACCCUUGAGACAGUGAAGAGCAGACCAGGAGAAGAGUCUAGGUGGAAACCUGGUCAUCAAGGGCGAGGAAAUAGGAAUGCUCGAGGGAACUCCUUUUCACAUUACACUUCUAAUGGUUCACUUGGACACUCAGAUCCGUUAUGCGGUAGUCAUUUGAACCAGAAUGGACCUCAAAAUGUGGUCAGCUCUCAGGUAUCUUCAUCUACAAGUGAAAAGAAGCCGUUAGAAAUUGUAGUAGUUGAACAUCCAAAGAUAUCUGGUGAAUUCCUUGUAUAUGAAAAGAGUCAUGUUUCCGACAUUGUUAAAUUGUCAAGCCUUCCUCACCACAAGGUAUUGAUUCAUUGGGAGGUGUGAAGAAUGCAACCACAAAGCUUGAGAAGUUGAAAUUUUCUGAUGGUCAACAUGUCAUCAUACUGUAGCAUAUCCAAGUCACUGAUGCAAUAAAGAAUGUAUUAAGCUUUGGAAGCCUUGAUGCAAGUUUUGGGAUCGGGGGAGAACUGUGUAGUAGACGGUGAAAGCAAUGGGAGCUUUAACCCUGUUACCGAUUCAGUUGACGAGGAACCUGUCAGCGAGCUUUCUUUAUGUGAUCAAGAUGCAGUUUCUACUGCACCAAAUGCGAACCAUGCAGAUCAUUCACAAUCACCUUCUCAUUUACCGGGCAAGAAUUCAUCCAUUGAUACCGAAGUAUCUUCUGCUGCUAUAGUUGCAAAAGAUGAUCAGCCAAAGCAAGAAGAGACCUUACCAGGAUUUUCUUGGCUGCCUCGGUUUGGGGCUUCUUGCGUAAUGGCUUCUGUGUCGAGUCAGCCACAGUUUCGUUACACCCAACCUCUAUUGAAGGUGCUUCAUUUGAGAAACUUGCCAUGGGAAUGCACUGAGGAGGAGCUGAUUGAAUUGGGGAAGCCUUUUGGUAAGGUUGUCAAUACAAAGUGCAAUGUUGGGGGCCAACAAAAAUCAAGCAUUCAUCUAAUUUGUUUUCACAACUCCAAGGGAGGGGCCCUUCACCAAAGAGGAGUUGGAUGAAGUUCGAGACAAGUGGGCUACUUACUUCAACGAUUGUGAAUUACCCUCAGUGUAAUAAUUAGAGCAGGCUUGUAGUUUUUCGUGACUCUUACAUUAUUUUGUUAUUUAUCGAUUUAAUUAAUUACAUUUGAAUUAAUUCGGAAAUAUUAUUGGAAAUUUGAAAUUUAUAUCGUUUUUGAGGAAUGUCAAGAUGAUGUUUGGUGAAACAGUAUUCUAUAAAUUAUA